AUGUCGGCGCCGUCAUCCUCAACCGGCUCUACCAAGCUCGACGCCAUCAAGCAGAAUGUUCAAGCAGCCACUCCCGAAAAGUUGAGCGGCAUCGCUCUAUACUCGAGAUUUGCCCUUGCUGGUGCCGUCUGCUGUUCCGUCACUCACGGGGCCCUCACACCCGUCGAUGUCGUUAAAACGAGGAUACAACUCGACCCGGCCACCUACAACCGUGGUAUGAUCGGCGGUUUCCGCCAGGUCAUCGCAAAGGAGGGUGCUGGUGCUUUGUUGACAGGUUUCGGUCCAACUGCUGCUGGUUACUUCCUCCAGGGUGCCUUCAAGUUCGGAGGUUACGAAUUCUUCAAACAGCAGAGCAUUGGUAUCCUCGGAUACGAGACCGCUGCCAACAACCGUACCGCUGUGUAUCUCGUUUCUUCUGGUCUAGCCGAGUUCUUUGCGGAUAUUGCCCUAUGCCCUCUUGAGGCCACCCGUAUUCGUCUAGUGUCAGAGCCAACAUUCGCCAGCGGUCUCGUUUCUGGUUUUGGCAAGAUUGCGAAGACUGAGGGCAUUGGUGCCUUCUACUCAGGUUUUGGACCGAUCUUGUUCAAGCAAGUACCAUAUACCAUGUCCAAAUUCGUUGUCUUUGAGAAGGUCUCCGAAAUUGUUGCCUCAGCUUUCGACACGAAAAACAAGUCCUCGUCUGUGCAAACUGUCGCUAACCUUGGCUCUGGUUUGAUCGCCGGUUUCGCUGCUGCCAUCGUGUCCCAGCCCGCCGACACCAUGCUUUCCAAGAUCAACAAGACCAAGGGUCUUCCAGGUGAGGGCACUACCUCGCGUCUCAUCAAAAUUGCCAAGGAGCUUGGUCUCCGUGGCUCAUUUGGUGGUCUGCCGGCCCGUCUCUUCAUGGUUGGUACUCUUACAGCCGGUCAAUUCGCCAUCUAUGGCGACUUAAAGAAGGCUAUGGGUGCUGUUGGCGGUGUUGAGAUCUCCAAAUAG